AUGUUUUCUCGUAAAAGCUAUGGUAAUGAAAACGUGCACACAUCUACAGAUGUACAUGAUGGGUACACAGAAGAGCAACAACAACAGUACACGAAAUAUCUCAAGAAGCUAAAAACUGAAUUCGACGAACGGUUGGGGAAAAAGCCCAACUACAAGAUAUCGUUAUCUGAAUGUGACCGUAUCAAAACAUUAGGAACUGGAGCAUUUGGCAGAGUUAUAUUAUUGAAACAUAGAAACUCAAACAAAUUCUUCGCUAUGAAAGUUUUAGAAAAAGAAAAAAUAGUAAAAAUGAAACAAGUCGAUCAUACGCUCUAUGAGAAACGGAUUCUCGAAGCUAUAAGGUUUCCGUUCACCGUGUCUAUGGAAUUCAGCUUUAAAGACAACAGUUAUAUUUACUUUGUGAUGCCCUUUGUACCAGGAGGUGAAAUGUUCACCCACCUUCGUAGAAUGGGAAAGUUCGACGAGCCGUUGGCAAAGUUUUACGCAAGCCAAGUAGUGCUAGCCUUGGAAUAUCUGCAUUUUUGUCAUCUGGUAUAUCGGGAUUUGAAGCCUGAGAAUAUACUUAUAGACAAAAAUGGUUAUUUAAAAAUAACAGAUUUCGGAUUUUGUAAAGUACUUCAAGGUCGUACAUGGACUCUUUGUGGAACACCAGAAUAUUUGGCUCCAGAAUUGAUUUUGAGUAAAGGAUAUGGCUUUUCGGUGGAUUGGUGGUCAUUUGGUGUCCUCCUUUACGAAAUGAAUGCGGGAUAUCCACCUUUUUAUGCUAAUGAGCCAAUGAAAACGUACGAAAAAAUAGUUGCAGCAAAAUACAGAUGUCCUUCUAGUUUUAAUGGCGAUUUAAGAGACCUCAUUCGCAACGUGCUGCAAGUGGAUAUUACAAAGCGGUUCGGUGUUAUGAAAGAUGGAGUGAUGGAUUAUAAGAAUCACAAAUGGUUCAAGGGAAUCGAGUGGGAGGCAAUUCUUAACUGUCGCGUCCAACCACCGUUUGUACCUAAAUUCAAAGCACCAGGCGAUACUAGCAAUUUCGAACGGUAUAAUGAGGAAGCAAUAAAGCCAGCUAACUAUUGUCGUUUUGAGUCAGAAUUUGCAGAUUUUUAA